AUGACAACACGAAGCCAAAAAGCACAAACCAGGCGGCCGAACGUCGAAAGACCUCCCGGCCUUAUUUGUGAAAAUAGCCCUUCUCAGGGCUACCCAACUGACGAUCGUGGAACACACGUGGUAAAACGGAUAAUCAAACUCAACAAAAAAAUGUACAAAAAAUCCAAAAAACACAAAAAAAUAAAUGACAAUCAGCCACGCUGUGAUACUGCAGGUACUAGAAAGGUAGAGAACAAUUUCAAGAUAGCUCAGAUUAACGUGGAAGGCUUGACUCGAGCCAAGGCUGACAUUUUGGGGAAAAGAUUUGUCGACAUGGACGUAUUGGUGUUACAAGAAACCCACAUACCUGAUGGUGAAACAAACCGCCUAAAAAUAAAUGGUUUCAAUCUGAUGCAUCACAUUGGCCAUAAUAAACACGGUUUAGCAACAUACGUAAGCCAAAACAAAUCGUUCCUAGACAUUGAACAAGUUCCCGGUAACGAACAUACGGUUGGUAUCCGCAUCGGUAACCUAACCAUCUUCAACGUCUACAAACCCCCUCCCAGCAAGUGGGCUGCUGCCGUUUUGCCAGUCAGUGAACAUCCUGUAAUAUACAUCGGAGAUUUUAACUCCCAAAAUACUGAGUGGGGAUACUCCACCAACAAUGAAGCAGGUGAAAAACUUUCGGACUGGGCAGCGAUUAACCACCUUAAACUGAUCUACGAUGCCAAACAAGGAGGCACUUUUAAAUCUGGUAGAUGGGGCACGACGACGUCGCCGGAUCUCUGUUUCGUGUCCGAGGACUCUAAUGGUCUACCUCUAACUGUAAACAGGGAAAUCAAAAACUCUUUCCCAAGAAGCCAACACUUACCAACCACCGUGACCAUCGGUCUUAUAAUCCCAACCAUAGACAAACCUUUUAUGCCUCGAUGGAACCUGCGCAAAGCAGCAUGGCCAGAAUUUUCAAAAUACGUUGAUGAUAACAUCAACCGUAUUGACCCCAUACCGGACAACUAUGGCAGAUUCAUCAAACUAAUAAAGACAGCUGCGAAGAAAUCGAUACCUAGAGGCCAUAGAUAUAACUAUACCCCCUGCUGGACUAAAGAAUGCGAAGAAUUACUAAAAGAAUACGAAAGGUAUGGAAAUGAAAUAAGUGCCGACAAACUCAUCGCCCUACUUGACGAGGAGCGAAGGAACAGAUGGACACAGGCUAUGAAUGAGAUGGAUUUCACCCACUCGAGUAGGGAAAGCUGGUCUCUACUAAGGAAACUGGGGGCAGCUCAAACCUCAUGGAAAGCUAGCAAAGUCUCACCAAACUCCAUCUCAACCAUUCUUCAUAAGACCGCUAAUAUAAAACCUAAAAAACCCGAUAAGAUAAAGGUGAAAGCCGAUUACAAGGAAGAGUUUCAAAUUAUGCGCAGAGAAAUCCGAAAACAUGAAGGACUUUGGAGUGGAGGAAGUGGAGGCUCCCCUAAGACUUCUAAAAAACGGUAA